UUAAACCUUAGACCAUGUGUGGUGACGCCUUUUAGAUCUCCGAAUUUGUAGGAAAAUUUUCCCCUUUCGAUUCGGCCAAACAAAAUUUGUAAUUUAUCAAAAACACCCAAAAUUGUAGUAAAUUUUACUUCCUAAUAAGGCCGCGGGGACUUUGCGAAGUUUUAUAGACAGAACAAUGUGCUCCCGCCUCACGAGAGACCUCCUUAAGCGACUGCCCCAUGCCCACACGCUCCAUGUGGGUCUGAUGAGGCUGCCGGUGCGCUACUCCGGCGAUUAUCCGACGGAGAUGGACUGCGCCACGUUUAAGGCUUACAGAGCGAAGAUCGCCAAGGCUGUCCAAAAGCGCAAGGAGGCCAGAAAAAAGAGCAACGCCGCCCAACAGGUCAAGAAGGAUGCGGCUCGACUGAAGAAGCAGCUAGACAAGUGCAUCGAGGUAAAGACCAGGGGCAUGAAGGAGCAGGUCGAGUGCAUGUCUGAGGAGGAGAAGAAGGCCAUGGGGGAUAUGAUGGAUUGCGUGAUGGCGGGCAUUAAAAGUACUUGCCUGAAACAGGUGCUCAAAAGGUACUGCAAGGAGCAGGAGAUGAAGCGCCGCUACGCACGGCUGAUCAAGGAGAAGCAUAUAAAGGACAUGGUCAAGAAGUGUGCCUCCGAGUUGAAAACAGAUGCAGACUCGGCGAAGUGCGACGAUCCCGAGGCAGAGCAGGCCGAAAUGGAGCACGAGAAACAGGCGGCCAUUGCACAGAUGUGUGAGGAGAGGGAACAAAAUGAAAAGUGCAUGGCCGAGGUCACCAAGCUUCUGGAAGACGCAACCUGCAAGAAGGAUAAGGAAUCGAAGUCCAAAAAGACUGAUGGCAAAGAUUCUGAUAAGCCCAAAAAGUCCAAAGAGAAAGUUAGUAAGGCGCCAAAAAAGAAAAGUGAAAAAGCUAAUGGUCCCAAUGAAGAUUGUAAGCCUGAAACAAAUUCACGAUCAGGCAAACCAAAGGAAAAGGACGCAAAAGCAAAGGGUUCGGACAAAAAGAAAGGAAAAGAUUCUAAGAACGUGGAAUCGAAAUGCAAGGACUCUAAAAAGGGAGCACAAACAGAAGCGAAGAAAACUGGAACGAAAUCCAAAGAACAGGCCGAUGAAUCCGAGCCACCUUCUAAGUCGCCAUUUGCCAAAAAGAUGGAGAAAUGCAUGUGCGAGGAAUUAAACGAUGUUGCAGAGGUCCACAAGCGGAUGAGCCCUAAGAAAAAGAAGCAACUUUCUGGCUUCCAGGACUGCCUUGCGGCGCAGAUUAAGGAGAGAUGUCGCAAGAAGGUAGUAAAGGAGAUGUGCGAUGAUAUCAGAGGAAAGCCCGAGCCAAAAGAAGAUAAAUGCAAAGGUCAGGGUGACGCCAAAAAGAAGCCGAAGGGACCAAUUGAGGAGCGCGUCCAGGAAAACUGGAAGGACGUGUGUCCUUUAAUUCAGCACCUAACCGAAAAACAUGGUGUCGAUUUCGCCGAAACGUCAUGUGAAGUGGAGGAACUUAUUAAGAAGACUUGUCAAGAAGAGGCCGAAUCUGAAAAGGGAGAAGAUAAACAAAUGUUGGAAAAGUGUAAGAGUGAGGCUUUCCAAAAGAAAUGCAAAGCUUUAAAGGAAGAGAGAAAACAAAGAGACAAGGAAAUGGAAAAACGUCGCGCUGAAGAAGAACUGAAAAAGAAAUGCGAAGCGGACAAACAAAAGCAAAAAAACCGAGAAAUGAAGAAGAAACGAGAAGAAGAAGACCGAAUGCAGAAGUGCAAAGAGAACGAAGUUAUGACAAGUUGCAUGGAGGAAGAACUUAGAAAAACAUGCGAGAAGAAACUAUCUGAAGAAGAGCCAUGUUUGACCCCCGAAGAAAGAGAACAGAAAGAGAAAUGUGAAGAACAACAGAUUCUUACGAAAUGCAAAAAGAAAAUGUUGGAGAGCCGACGUCAAUACCAGGAAAAGAAGAAAAAGGAGGAAGAAAAGCAGAAGGAACUUGAGAGAAAAAAGCAGUGCGAAGAGUUAAAGAAGCAAGAAGAAGAAAAUAAGAAAAAAAUGGCAGAAGAGAAGAAACAAAAGGAGCAAUAUGAAAUGUUAAAAAAAUGCGAAGAAGCCAAAACGAAGACACAGUGCGAAGAGCUCAAACAAAAGGAGAAAACGGCCGAAGAGGCUAGAGUUUGCAAUGAGCCAAAAAAUAAAAAAGAAAAGACAACUGUAGAUCAUUCUAAGGCAAAAGCGCAAGAAAAAGAUCAGGAAAUGAAACGGAAAUCCGCUGAGACAAAGCAGUGCGAAGCUCAAAAAAAAGAAAAUGAAUCUAAAAAGAAAGCGGAAGAAGAGAAGAAAAGAAAAGAGCAGGAUGAAAUGAAAAAGAAAUGCGCUGAGGCUGAGUUGAAGAAGCAGUGCGAAGCGCUUAAGAAAGAAAAAGCAUCAAAAAAGAAAGCGGAAGAAGAGAAGAAAAAGAAAGAGCAGGAUGAAAGCAAGAAGAAAUGCGCUGAGGCUGAAUUGAAGAAACAGUGCGAAGCGCUUAAGAAAGAAAAAGCAACAAAAAAGAAAGCGGAAGAAGAGAAGAAAAAGAAAGAGCAGGAUGAAAUGAAAAAGAAAUGCGCUGAGGCUGAAUUAAAGAAGCAGUGCGAAGCGGUUAAGAAAGAAAAAGCAUCAAAAAAGAAGGCGGAAGAAGAGAAGAAAAAGAAAGAGCAGGAUGAAAUGAAAAAGAAAUGCGCUGAGGCUGAAUUAAAGAAGCAGUGCGAAGCGCUUAAGAAAGAAAAAGCAUCAAAAAAGAAAGCGGACGAAGAGAAGAAAACGAAAGAGCAGGAUGAAAGCAAGAAGAAAUGCGCUGAGGCUGAAUUAAAGAAACAGUGCGAAGCGCUUAAGAAAGAAAAAGCAUCAAAAAAGAAAGCGGAAGAAGAGAACAAAAAGAAAGAGCAGGAUGAAAGCAAGAAGAAAUGCGCUGAUGCUGAAUUGAAGAAGCAGUGCGAAGCGGUUAAGAAAGAAAAAGCAUCAAAAAAGAAGGCGGAAGAAGAGAAGAAAAAGAAAGAGCAGGAUGAAAUGAAAAAGAAAUGCGCUGAGGCUGAGUUGAAGAAACAGUGCGAAGCGCUUAAGAAAGAAAAAGCAUCAAAAAAGAAAGAGAAAGAAGAAAAGAAAAAGAAAGAGCAGCAGAAAUGCGCUGAGGCUGAAUUGAAGAAGGAGUGCGAAGCGCUUAAAAAGGAGAAAGAUGCUAAGAAAAAAGAGGCUGAAGGGGGAAAAAACAAGGAGGAAAUGAAAAAGAAAUGUGGCGAGGCAGAAUUGAAAAAGCAGUGUGAAGCGCUAAAAAAAGAGAAGAAAGAGGCGGAAAAGAAGAAAAAGCAGCAAGAUGAACCUUUACAGAAAUGCAAAGACGUUGCGAACGAUCCAUUUGACCAUAUGGAAACUGAUAAGAUGAUCCGCGAAUACGAAGAACUAAACGCCAAGCUUGAGGAAAAAUGUAAGGGAGAAACGAGCCAAGAUAGAAAAGAAGUCAGCAUGAUGCUCCGCGAAUACGAAAACCUUAUUUCCAAACUGGCAGAGAAGUGUCAGGAACUAGCAAACGAGGAUAAGAAAUGCCCUAAAGAUUAACAAAAAAUUACUAUUAAAACUACGAGUGAAGGCAGACUUUGCAGAUUGGAAAUAAGAAAUUAUGGUAUUCCUGGUCAUCGCUGUAGAAGGAUCCUGGCAACCCCAAGAAUAUCACGGACGCCACUUACGGAGUUAAGGAUGCCACUCCAUGAGGCAUGAUAAUAUGGCUCACCGGACGAUGGCGGUAGUAAAGACCGCUGUCUUCCGGUUGGAGCAGCUGUUGGCCAAUUUCUUGCAAAAGGGAAAACUGUGAAAUGGCUGUGGGGAACGGUUACGCCAACUAGGCGAUCGAUCUUUCGAUCACUGCCGUGGCCUAAGCCAUUUUAGACGAUUUGUUUCCAAUAUUGUCAAUGUCAUCAAUGGCCCAUGGAACAUGUGAAGUGCAUGUUUGGUUGGUGCUCAUGCCAUCAGCAUCAUAGUCCCCAUGGCCUUCCGCUUGUAUCCAAAUCUGUAUGCAGUAAAUUUAUAUUUUAGCCUCAGUCACUCAUGAGUUAUCUAUCGCUUUGUUUAAACAAAAAAUAAAACCACCUGUGACUGCCUUACGUUUA